AUGGAAACAAAAAACCUCACGGUUGUGACCCACUUCAUCCUCCUUGGUAUCCCCCAUACAGAAGGUCUCCAGAACAUCCUCUUCCCUGUCUUCUUACUCUUCUACAUGUGCACUUUGCUGGGGAACCUAUUGAUCAUGACCGCUGUCCUGACUGACUCCCGUCUUCACACCCCCAUGUACUUCUUCCUUUUCAACCUCUCCAUCCUUGACAUUGGGUUCUCUUCCGUUAGCACCCCAAAGAUGUUGGCCAAUCUUUGGGGGCAAAGCAGAGUCAUACCGCUGGGUGGAUGUGUAUGCCAGGUCUUCUUCUACCAUUUCCUAGGGAGCACAGAAUGCCUUCUUUAUACCGUCAUGGCCUAUGACAGAUACGUCGCCAUCUGUCACCCACUGCGCUAUCUCAUCAUCAUGAACUGGAAGGUAUGUGCCAUUUUGGCUGCUGGCACGUGGGUCACCAGCUCCUUCCAUGCCACCAUCCUCACGACCUUGACUUUCACCCUACCCUAUUGUGGGCCCAGUGAAGUGGACUACUUUUUCUGCGACAUCUUUCCCGUCGUCAAGUUGGCUUGCGCCGACACCCUCAUCAUCGAGACGGUAAGCUUCACCAACAUUGGCGUCGUGCCCAUGACCUGCUUCAUCCUCAUCCUGACAUCCUAUGUUCGCAUUGUCUACUCUGUCCUGAGGAUGAGUUCCGGGGAAGGACGGCGCAAGGCAGCCUCUACCUGUGCCUCACAUUUGACAGUGGUCACCCUCUUCUUUGGCCCCUGUGCUUUGAUCUAUACUCAGCCGUCCCUAAGUGAAAUCUUGGUGACCCCCGUGCAGAUCUUUGGCAAUGUGGUGACACCCAUGCUCAACCCAGUCAUUUACACGCUUCGGAACAAAGAAGUGAAAGCAGCUUUGACUAAGCUGACAGGGGCAAAGAGAGUGACUCAGACUAUAACCCACUAG